AUUUUGUUUAGUUGAGUUGAGGAAAAAAGUCUAGUCUGCUACGGUGCUGUUGGCUUGUCCGCUGCCUUUUAUUCAAUUCUACAAUCCAUAUUUCUAUCCUAUAAUCCAUAAAAAAAUGGAUGCCGAAGAUUCGGUUCCGGAAAAGGAAAGUACCGACUCAGGAGCGGUUCCCGCUGUACCAAAAGACGGUGCCAAUCCACUAUUUCUCAAUUUAGUGGAAUCGGCAUUGCUGGAAGGGCGGUCGCAUAGUAUCGUCGAAAGUUUCGUGCGUGACAAUCGGUUCCGCAAAAAGAAUAUCCCGUUAAACUACGCGGAGGAUAAGGAAAGGAUACGCAUCUGUUUGAAUAAUGCGGACAAGCGGAUCGCGGAACUUAUGCGCGAUGGGCUGGAACUUAUCGAGGACGUGCGUGUGGCCAGCGACAGACACGAGGUGGAACGUCGCAUGGCAGAGGCGGAUAUUAAGGGAUCUCUCCUGAGCAAGAUUCAUACCGAGUCGGUAGAUUCGGUAGCAAAAUUUCAAACCACCUUCGAAAAGUGGACCGAAAUCAAAGCCCUGAAAGAUCCGAUGCUGAUGAACGAUGAGCUGCAGCUGCAGAAGAACCGCGUCGAGGAGCUGCUGAAACAGAAGGACAUAAUCAUUGCUGAGUGCCGGAAGGAGCUGCAGGCGGCUGACGAUCGGUACGCUAGGGACAUUCGCAAGCAGAUAGUCGAUAUUCAGAGUUUGGUGCAUCGGGCCGAUACGGAGGUGGAGGCAAUGAAAAGCAUUCUGAAGGAAAAUUUAGAUCUCAUUCAAGGAACAGUUGAGGAGGAACGAGUCAUAUUGCAGAAUGCGGCAAAUUUCAACUGGAAUGAUGUUUAUGCAAAGCGAGCCACAAAUGAACGCAUCAAAGUAAAGCAAAAGAAGGAACGGUUGCUCGCGAAUCUAACAGAGAUAGAACAGAUCGAGCUUGAUUACGUUGAGACAACGCGGGCCACCAGAAUAAAGCUGGACAAGGACACCCAAGCGCUUGCGAUCGAAUUGCAAAAGAUUAAAACCAACACCACGCUCAACUCGGAAAAGCUCGACUACAGCUUCCAGGUGCUGAAAAAGCGGGAAGACGAAAACCUGAUGGUAAAGAACGCCCAAAAGCGUCGUCUGGCCAAGCUGCACGAAACCAUCUUCACGCUGCGCAAUAAGCUGAAGGACACGAAAACGACCUACUACAUUGAGACGGAAAAGACGGCCAAAAUGAUUGAGAAGCUGCAUCACAGCGUGGACCACAUACGCAGCAAACUGGAAUGCUCCAAGAAGGCGUACGAUAAGCGGGUCCGAUCUAUUUGGAACUUGAAUCGUGACGAAUGCUUUGAAAUCAUUCAAAACAUAUCGGCCAUUGAUAAAAUACUCGUCGAGCAGCAUCUGAACCGGAAGUGGACCAAUAAUUUGAGUGCCAUUUCGGAUUUGCUGCUAAACUAUGAUCCACUAUGCACACCGAAGCUGCCCAGCACAGCGAAAACAAAGCGAAGCCUUACCAGCUCCAAAGAGGAACAGCAGCAACAGCAGCAGCAGAACGAUUUCACGCGGUUGAAAAAUUUGCUCGAACAGUCACGCUUUCUGAGUGAUAAAAAGCUGGAAACGGCGUUGCAAGAUCGGCAGCUCGAUAGUUGCGGCAUGACACUGAUCUGUAUGGACAAUGUGCUGAAUGCGCUCGGGAUCGACAGCAUGGAUGGUGUGCGUCAACUGCAGUCCACCCACUCGGACGUGCAGCAUUUGAAUGACGCGGAGGACGCAUGCAGCACCUCGGAUGUUUCUUCGGUUGAUAACAGGGAGGUCGAUACACACCAAAGGGCGCUUACAACGUCGCGGGAUCUUUUGGCACUUAAGAUGUUCUGCGAGGACGAUGAUGAGGCAUUACACUCUCAAGCGGAAGUUAAAGCCGAAGCUAAGCUCACGCUCUCCGAUACGCGGAAGUUUUGGGAGUCGUUCAAGAACAUUUUCCUUCCCAAUCAAAUGAAAGUUUGGGAUACGAUGGAAGAAAGUUUGAGCAAAUACUUGCAGGUACUCCGCGAAAGGCAUGCACUGGACGAGGAGUGUAGUUUCCUGCGGAAGCAAAACCAAGAGCUGCAGCACAUUAUGCAGAAAAUGUUGAUCAAACCGUUGAACGACGAUUUUUAGACAACGAAACACGUGCACGGUUUGAAUUUGAUGCUCUUCUGUAGCGUUUUGUACUUUUUGGGAUGAUUUAAAAUCAAAUUAUCGUGUGGUGUGUAA